CAUUGAUCAGACUUCGCGCCGCCCACCUCUCUCUCUCUCUCUCUUUUUCUCUCUCACACGUUUUUUUUUUCCAUUUUCUCACCAUCGCCGGAGACUUUUGACAAUCCUCUUUCUUUAAACCUCUCUUUUUCUCCAUUACCCAAACCACAAGGAGAUCUCUCUUCUUCCUUCUUUUGAACAUGGCGUUACCAAAGACCAGUAACACCAUCAGCAGCAGCAGCAACAAGAAGAAAGUUUCAUACAUCUCAGUCCCUUCUCAGAUCAUAAACUCUCUCUCCUCUUCAUCUCUCCAAUCCCUUCUCGUCUCCCCCAAGAAGUCAUCAUCACGAUGCACCACCAACAGGCUCAGCUACAGAAACCCAAGAAUCUGGUUCUUGACUCUCUUCCUCGUCUCUCUCUUCGGCAUGUUCAAACUCGGACUCAACGUUGACCCCAUCUCUCUCCCUUUCUCACGUCACCCUUGCUCCACGACUAGCUUCGACGGAGGAGAAGAAGAAGAACACCGCGUCGUUUCUCAUCUCGGCCUCUUCUCGGAGAACGACACGCAGUCCAACUCGUCUUCUUCUGUGUACCAUCGAAAGAACGAGACUUCGCCUGCGGAAGGCGACUUCUGGAAGCAACCUGAUGGGUUAGGGUUUAAGCCGUGUCUUGGAUUCACCGGUCAGUAUAGAAAAGACAGCAACUCGAUCCUCAAGAACAGGUGGAAGUACCUUCUCGUUGUUGUCUCUGGUGGGAUGAAUCAGCAGAGGAACCAGAUUGUUGAUGCUGUUAUCAUCGCUAGGAUCCUUGGUGCUUCUCUCGUUGUCCCUGUGCUUCAAGUCAACGUCAUCUGGGGUGACGAAAGCGAGUUCGCGGAUAUAUUCGAUUUGGAGCAUUUCAAGAAUGUUUUAGCGGAUGAUGUUCAUAUAGUUUCGUCAUUACCGUCAACACAUGUUAUGACAAGACCUGUCGAAGAGAAAAGAACUCCACUUCACGCUUCUCCUCAAUGGAUUCGUGCUCAUUACCUCAAGCGAAUAAACAGAGAAAGAGUGUUACUUCUCCGUGGCCUAGAUUCAAGGCUCUCCAACGACCUUCCUUCUGAUCUCCAGAAACUCCGAUGCAAGGUAGCUUUCCAAGCGUUGAGAUUCUCACCGAGGAUUCUAGAACUAGGCAACAAGCUAGCGUCGAGAAUGCGUAGCGAAGGACAGUAUCUGUCACUUCAUCUGAGGAUGGAGAAAGACGUUUGGGUUAGAACCGGUUGUCUCCCCGGUUUAACACCCGAGUUCGACGAGAUAGUCAACAGCGAGAGAGAACGCCACCCGGAGCUUCUCACCGGUCGUUCAAACAUGACUUACAACCAGCGCAAACUCGCUGGCCUAUGCCCUUUGACAGCUCUAGAAGUCACGAGGCUGCUUAAAGCCUUAGAAGCACCAAAAGACGCGAGAAUCUACUGGGCGGGAGGAGAGCCUCUAGGUGGAAAAGAGGCUUUGGAGCCGUUAACCAAAGAGUUCCCUCACCUCUACAACAAACAUGAUCUUGCAUUGCCCGGUGAGCUCGAACCAUUCGCCAAGAAAGCUUCGGUUAUGGCUGCGAUAGACUACAUCGUCUGCGAGAAGAGCGAUGUUUUCAUACCGUCGCACGGUGGGAACAUGGGACACGCGUUACAAGGGCAAAGAGCUUACGCUGGUCACAAGAAGUACAUCACUCCUAAUAAGAGACAGAUGCUUCCUUACUUCAUGAAUGCCUCGCUACCUGAACCGGAGUUCAACAGGAUUGUGAAGGAUCUUCAUCGGGAGUCUUUAGGACAGCCUGAGUUGAGAACGAGCAAAGGUGGUAAAGAUGUUACUAAACAUCCUGUUCCAGAGUGUAUGUGUUCAGAUAGACAGCAACAACAAUAACAACGAUAAGUCAGAGAGGCUCAAGGUGGUUGGUUCGUGCAGUAUUCUUUUAGUUCUUUUUUUUUUUUGCCUUGAUUUGGAGUAUAUAUUACGAGUUGUGUAUUCUUUGAAUUGAGGUUUAUUUACGUGGGAAGUAGAAUAGGAAUGAGAUAUGAUAUGAUUCUUUGAUUCGAUUUAUUUGAACUGUAAUUAUAUAUUACAGAGUUUGUAUACGAUUAUACUUGUACCAUAUAUAAAUAAAAAGCAACAUUUGACAACA